GCGCUCCCGCGGAAGACAAGCGAGCAGGCGGAGGAGCGGGGAUCACUAUUUGGCUAGACACCGCCUCCCAUUCAUUUAUAACGGGACGCCAUUACUAUCAUUAUUUUCAGUCAAACAAACAUGCCCUCGCCAAGGACAGUAACCAUCGUGGCGCUGUCCUUCGCCCUCGGAUUGUUCUUCGUCUUCAUGGGCACCAUCAAGCUGACGCCGAGGCUCAGCAAAGACGCGUACAGCGAAAUGAAAAGGGCAUACAAAAGCUAUGCCAAAGCAUUACCAGGCCUGAAAAAGAUCGGCAUCAGCUCUGUGUUGCUCCGUAAGAUCAUCGGCUCCCUGGAGGUGGGCUGUGGUGUUGUGCUCACCCUGGUGCCCGGCAGGCCGAAGGACGUAGCCAACUUUCUGCUGCUGCUGGUUAUGCUAGCCGUGCUUUUCUUCCACCAGCUUGUAGGCGACCCCCUAAAGCGUUACGCCCACGCUCUCGUCUUCGGCAUCCUGCUCACCUGCCGGCUGCUCAUCGCUCGUCAAAGUGACGAUCGGCCUGAAAGGGAGGAGAGCAGGGAGGAGCAGCAGCCGCAGCAUCAGCAGCACAUAAACGACCAGGAGAAGAACAAGGUCAAGCAGUCUUAGAGAAGGAAAACUGCAGAGAUUUUUUUUUACACUUGGAACUGGUCAUGAUCCUCGACUGUGGACAGUCAUUGCUGUGGAUGUGAGCUCAUUUCAUUGCCAUUCCCUAAACAUAUUUAAAUUCUAUGCUACAUUUUUUAAAAUGAAGGAGCCAUCGUUAUAGUGUGCUUUUUUUAAAGGCUGACUGAAGUUACAAAUUGAAACAAUUAGAGCAUGUUCUUUUCAGAGAAAUUUAGCAUAAAUACUCAUACACUGUAUCGUUCAUGACAUAUCCACAUCAUCAGAUACAAUAUUAGUAGACUACUUUAGAAAAAAACAUGCAGUCUUAUUUUUUCCCCCCCUCCUUUGUAGUAUCUGUGGAACUGUGCAUGAACAUGUUCCCUAAGUAAUGCUAAUUAUCCUCUUUGGUUGUCUCAGUGAUGUUGGAAUACAACACUUCUGUCUUCGAUUGCCUGUUACAGUUGUCAGUUAUAUGUCUUUGUUAUAAACAUUGUGUCUUAAAAGUUUCCCUCUAAGACGAGCAUUCUGUUGGGAGGGCCUGGGGUUUUGUUUGGAGAUGUUUUAUUUCUGUAAAUCCUAAAAUAAAGUAAAAACCCUGAUUAGCUUUUUUUCC